AUGACUACUACAUUGAGACGUGUUAUGUCGUAUAGUGAAUUAGACGAUAGAAGUGUUGAUCCACAAUCCGAAAUCUAUACAAACCCGAGACGUGAAAACAAUGAUGACGACCAAAGCUUAGUUGACCGAAGCUCAAUUGGACAACCUAAAUAUGACAAUGGACAACAAACAGACGAACAACAAAAGCCGAUCGCAUCUAAUUCAAACCGAAGUCGAAAAACACCACAUAUCGAACCAUUCACUGGUAUUAAUCAAGAGUUUGACACUUGGAUGAAAUUGUUUAGACGAUCGAUAAAAGCAAAGCGAUUGGACAACGACGAGAGUAUUGAUGACUUGGUUUUGAGCCUAAGAGGUAGAACUCAAGACUGGUGUCUAAACAUUAUCGAAAGAGAACCGAACGUGUCAUUUGAUAACUUAGUUGAACAGCUAAGUGACCUAAACGGAUCAUCUAAAAGUGCAACUAACUACGCAAUUGACUUAAGUAAUCUUGUAUUUAUUGAAGACAAACAAACAAUUCAAGACUUCAUGUACGAGAUAAUCGACUUAUGGUAUAAAAUAGAUAAAAACGUCUCAUUUCCGACAAUGGUUGCUACUAUUCUCAAUAAAUUCAGUGGGAAUUUAUAUCGACAAAUUAAAUAUAAAAUGGCUAUCGUAAAACCGAAUAAUGUCAAAGAGUUAACAAAUCUCAUUAUAGAUGCUUAUAAUGAUGAGAAAUCAAUUGAUCUGCAAAAUCAAAGUUUAAGACGAAAUCUUAACAGUAACCGCAACAGUAACAAUAAUAACAGAUCAUCAAGUUAUGAUCGUAAUCAAAGACAAGUACGUUUUCAAAGUAACCGAAAUAAUAAUGACUGGCAACGUAAUAACAAUAACUGGUCACGUAAUAAUAAUAAUAAUUGGUCACGUAAUAAUAACUGGACACGCAACAAUGAGGGACCGAGUAAUAAUAAUAGGUCUCGUAAUAACUCAUAUGGCGAAUAUGAGCGCAGUGACUACAAUAGACGAUACAAUUAUAACAAUGAUAAUGGGCGUGGUAGACAAAGUUCCUUUAAUAAUAAUCAUCGACAACAACCAAGUACACAACAAAAUAAUAAUGGCAGCAGAGACAAUAGUCGAACACGUAGAGACUCUCAAAGCACUGAAAGAUUAAGACCUUCGAGAGAUGGCUGUUGGAAUUGUGGUGAACCAGGACAUCACAAACUCAAUUGUCCAAAACUGAAUCAAACUAUACCGAAAUCAAAAAACUAA